AUCAUUUGUGUGCUUUUCAGCGACCGGUUUAAUCGUGUCGAAAUCCUUGGGAACUUUGCAAUAUCUGACAAAGCAGAUAAUCAAACUCCAGAAAUGGCAUCCCGAUCACUAUUGGUACUGCAGUUGCUGUUCAUCCUGGCGCUUAACCUUGGCGGGGCACAAUUUUUCAGCCAGCAGCUUAAAAGCGUAAUUCAAUGGAAGGCGGCAGAUUUUGCAUUCCCGUCACCGCAGGAACGUGAUGAGGCACUGGCAUCGGGACGAUAUGUGCCGGAAAAUUGUAUACCACUCGACAUGGAUGUCGACUAUUCCAAUCCAGCCCGCUCUCGUUUAUUUGUAACGAUUCCGAGGUUUGUUCAGGGCAUCCCAUACACACUGGGCCGUGUUAGUCGGACUCAAGGACCGUCGGGUCCGCUGAUAGAGCCCUUCCCGAACGCAGCUAUACAGGCGAGACCUGAGAACAACAAUUGUCAAGGCAUUGUGUCCGUCUUUCGCAUAAAGAUUGAUGAAUGUAAUCGAAUGUGGGUACUCGAUACUGGAAAGAUUGGGGAAAGACGCAUCUGUCUGCCACAGUUGGUGGUAUUUGACAUGAAAACCGACAAAAUUAUCCAUCGGUAUCAAAUUCCUGCCGAUCAGCUCGUUUGUGAAUUGUCCCUGUUGGUGAACUUGCUCGUAGACGUCCAGGACCCGGCGCCUCUCGGAUCGUGCAAAAAUACGAAGGUAUACAUGGCGGACGUCACUGCACCGGCGAUGAUCGUGUACGAUAUGGCAAGGAGCAAAUCGUGGCGCAUAACGAAUAAACAAAUGCAUCCCAAUCCCGACUAUGGCACCUUUACUAUCUCGAACGAGAGCUUCGAUCUAAUGGAUGGGAUCGUGGCAAUGGCGUUGUCUCCCCGUAUACCAUCGGGUAAUGUGGUAUUUUCGUCAAACUACGGUACCAACUGGCGCCCAUCCAACGAUCGACUGAUGUAUUUCCAUGCGCUGGCAUCAUUGACGGAGAAUGCGGUUCGCACUUCUGUGUUGCAUAACGACACGGUCUGGGAGCAAGACGCUGAAGCACUGCCACGAUCCUUCCGACCAAUAGGCAUACGUUCAUCGCAGGCCGUAGCAGAGGCAAUGGACAGCAAUGGGAAUAUGUUCUUUGGAUUGGUUGGACAAAAUGCAAUCGCCUGCUGGGAUUCGACGACACCGUACAAUCCGGCGAACAUGCGCAUCGUUGCACAAAAUAGUGAAACAUUGCAGUUUCCCAGCGGUGUCAAGAUUAUACGUAACCGUAAGGGCGCCGAAGAGUUGUGGGUGUUAACGUGCCGUUUCCAGAAGGUGAUGACCGGAUCGUUGAACACCAACGAAACCAACUUCAGAAUACAAGCCAUACAGAUUCCGGAGUUGCUAGGAUAUAAAAGCUCCUGUAGAGUAUAA